UUAGGUGACCGGUUUAAAGUGUGUCUAAACUCACUUGACGUCUAGUCUUUCUGUUGAGGUGCACGCGGAUUGACCACUCCUUUGGGCUAUAUUUCCGUGGAUAUUUAGGGGAAAGCUAAUCAGCAACCAUGACUGACGCGCAACAGGAGGCCCGCUCAUACUUGAGCGAGGAGAUGCUUAACGAGUUCAAGGCUGCCUUCGACAUGUUUGACACCGACGGUGGCGGUGAUAUCAGCACCAAGGAAUUGGGUCAGGUCAUGAGGAUGUUGGGCCAGAAUCCGACAAGAGAGGAGUUGGAUGAAAUCAUUGAGGAGGUCGAUGAGGAUGGUAGCGGAACCAUCGACUUCGAGGAGUUCUUGGUCAUGAUGGUGAGGCUCCUAAAGGAGGACCAGGCCGGAAAGUCCGAGGGAGAGUUAGCGGAAUGUUUCCGUGUGUUCGACAAGUACGUUACAGGCUUGGGGAGAAGAGGUUACCGUUUGCAUGUGUGUAAUUACAGUCAACUUUCAAAUGAUGUCGAAAGGCUCGUAAACUCCUUCCAAUGUGUUACUUAUGCAGGAAUGCCGACGGCUAUAUCGACAGAGAAGAGUUCGCCAUCAUCAUCCGCAGCUCUGGCGAACAAAUCUCAGAGGAGGAAAUUGAUGAGCUGCUGAAGGAUGGAGACAAGAACGCUGAUGGCAUGCUGGACUUUGACGAAUUCCUCAAGAUGAUGGAAAAUGUGCAGUAAAACGGAGACUCAUGGACAUUCCUCCUUCCUUUGACCCCUGCUGACCUAUUCCGAUCCUCUAUUGCCCCACUCCAACUCACCCUCCCUAUCUGGUCCAUUGCCCCCGUUCAUCCACCUCGAAAAACAACUAGACCUGUUCGACAGGCACCUGGUGGAAGUUACCAGAGCUUUUGAGCCCUUCCUGCUUGUGAUUAUGACGCCAAGCUGCUGCUGUUCCCCAAAUCAGGUGGGCAAGGCCCGGGAUGUGAAAAUAACUGCAACUCUACAGAAUGGCUCAGUGCAUCAUAGGCACUCAGCACAACAGCCUGAAGCUGGGAGCUUAGUCAGGACGUAGUCUAAUGGGCUGCUUGUGAUCGCUGCUUAGACCAAUCACGUCACUGUAAUCACAUCACUGUAAUAACAAAUGGUUUGAAAGGAGAUAUUAAUAAACACAUGCUCACUGGAA